AGUUAGGUUAUGUGUAUGGUUCUGCAGCUGUUCACUUUUGUUUAGGAUUUGAUUCAACUCCAAAAGAUUAAUUAUAAUAUCGAACGUUCGCAAAUUAUGGCUCUGUAUGAAAGAUUGGAAGAGAAUCUUGAUAAAUGCAUUAGAUCUUUAGACAUUUGGAAACAACUCAUCAAUGAAAACUGUGAUGAUGAGCAGGAAAAGAGAAUGGAGAUGGAAAAACUCACCAACUGUGUAAAGUCGUACUGUGAUAUAGACAAACAGAUAAAAAGUACUGAGAAUGCUCUGCGAAAAUUGGAUGAAAAAAUGAACGACCCCGAUUCCAAAGGUUCAGAAGACAUAGAUCACUUGUUUCAAGAAUACCUCCAAGAUGAUCCAACAGCUUCCACCAACAAUUAUAAGGAAAGUCCCCUAUGGAAAAAGGUUAUUGGGGGUCAUAGUGAUGUAGUGGAAGUGAGGCAAAAGAAGAGUAAAAUAGAUGACACCCAAUUUGAAGAACUUGGGGACUCUUUACUUUGCUCUAAUGUUUUUGCACCACCUAUUGACCCUAUCAGCAAAACUGUUAUACAGCACCCUUACAAAAAUAAGAGAUGCAAACAUGUGUAUGAAUAUGGUACCAUAUCAAAUUAUAUAAAGCAGAUGAAGAAUAAGGCCAAGUGUCCUUACAUAGGCUGUAACAAUAAUAAUUUGAGAUUGACAGAUCUGGUGGAAGAUGGUAAUCUUCAAGUGCAAAUUUCACAGUAUCUAGAAACACAGCAGGAAGAGGAUGAUGAUAGUGAAGAUGAGGAUUGAAUAAGAAAAUAAUCUGUAAUUCAAUAAAUCUGAGUUUAUGGAAUUUAUAUCAUAAUCUUUGAUAAUUGUUGAGUAAUGAUGCAUUCCAAAUAUGAAUAAUGACCCAGUGUGUUUCAAUAAUUUUGAUGCAGCAUUAUUCAUAAUCCAGCCAAUCUGUAUACAAUAAAAUGUGAUUUGGCAAGGAUUUCACCACUUUUGGCAUGUUAGAAUAAAUUCAAUAAACAAAUUCUCUGUGUAUAACAUUUUAUUGAAUGUAAAGUUUGGUAAAUGCUGAUCAGGAAGAAACUUUGUGAAAUUAAAUGUUCAGAAACUUGCUCUUGGUAUACUUAUAGAAUUCAAGGGGAAAAUAUAAACAUUUCAUAGGAUUAAUCUUCUGAUAAUGAAAACAUUGGCUAUUUCCAAGUAUCUUAUUUCAUUUGUUUGAAAAUGAUCAGUAUUUUAUUUAUCAACUCACAAUAAUGUAAACAUAUUGUAUAAGUAGCUAAAAUAAAUGUUCAUAAAACAUUCAGAAGUCUGAUCAGAGUACAUCAAUACUAUUUUCACAAAUAUUUGAAUGUGUUUUCUAGUCCUUUCAAAUCAAAAUAAAAUGAUAUACUGAGCC